AUGGAACCAUUUGUUAAUAUAUUUUUUGCUAUAGAUGAGCAACAAAAUGAGACAAUUACAAGAGAUGAAUUGAAACGUUAUGUAAAGCACAAUCAUCUAGAUGAAGGGAUGAUAACGAGAUGGCAAGCAUUAUUUGAUCCAACAAAUACUGGUAUUAUAACAUUUCAAAAAUUUUGUGAUGUCCUCGGUGUAAAACCGGAACAAGCACGUACUCUUCGGAAGAGUGUUGUCAAUAACCGACCACUGCCGAAAGAUUUACAAAUAAUCUCCCAAAAUAUGUCACCUGAAGAUCAAUUCCAAAUAUUUGAAUUUGUUCGAUCGCUGUUAGAUAAAAAUGUAUCAGGUCAAGAUAUGACACAAAUGAUAAAACAAUGGCUUGACAAAACACUCGACCCUUCAUGGCAUGUUGUUAUAAUCGAUGGCUCAUAUUGGAUAUCGUAUUCACAUUUACCUGAACAAUCUUUACAAUUUCGAUUGAAAGAAAAGUGUUAUUUAGUUUGGCGCACACCUAAACAUUGA